GCACGCAAAUGUGCGCUUGCUGCUUCACUGCCUGCUCAUCUGGCGAGACUUUGCAAAAGCUGAAAAAGCUGAGAAGCAAGCAGAUAUGCAACGCUUGCUACUCCACUGUUUGAUCGCCUGGCGAGACUUUGCAAAAGCUGAAAAAGCUGAGAAGGUCGUGAAGGGAGAGAAGCUGACAGAAGCUCCGCCCCAGCCGCCUUUGGAGACAGAAGUUGAGGAGACGCCGCCAGAGGACAGUCCGCUGACCACUGCCGUUGCAGAGACGUCCUCAACAUGGCCAGAGACGGUCGAAAAAGUGGAGGAGAUCAAGGGAAAGAAAAGAGAAGAGACGGAGGUUUCAUCCAAGGAGGAGGAACACCUGCUGAGCUUGCGGAACUUGCUUCCGUACUGGCAAGCUUGGCGCGACUUCGCUCAGGCAGAAAAGACUGCUCGGCAUGCAGCUUUGCAGACGUUGCUCCGUGAUUCGUUUUGCGGAUGGCACGACUUGGCAGCGACGGAGAAGGCUGCGAGGCAUGCGAAUGUGCGCUUGCUGCUGCACAGUUUGGACACCUGGCGAGACUUUGCAAAAGGUGAAAAAGCUGAGAAGCACCCUGGCAAUAUCCUUUAUUU